AUUUCUCCUCAUCUUGGCCCGGCUUGUUCCUGUAUCUGAGAAAUCAAUGAUUUUCCUUUGUUCUCUCCGCCGGCACCGAAAGUUCUUUUUUUGGGGUGUUUUCUGACACGAAUCAACAUAAAACCACCUUCCUUGCAAAACCCAAUUGAUUUCGUCCAAAAUGGGGUCUCUUCUGCGCUUCCUAUUUGUCAUAUCUCCCUUGUUUUACGGUGUCGCUGCUGCUGCUUCUUGCUCUGGUGGAACUUGCAGGCUUCUUGAUGACUGUUCGUCUGAUCGAGAUUGUGGUUCGGGCCUGUACUGUUUCUCGUGCCCUCUUGGAUUCUCAGGCUCUAGGUGUGUAAGAUCAGCCAUUACAGACCAGUUCAAGCUCAUUAAUAAUUCUCUGCCUUUCAACAAAUAUGCAUUUCUGACAACACACAAUGCUUUUGCCAUUGAUGGAGAGCCGUCUCACACGGGAGUUCCUCGGUUAACAGCCACUAACCAAGAAGACACUGUCACCCAGCAGCUAAAUAACGGAGUUCGAGCACUAAUGCUAGAUACGUACGAUUUUCAAGGAGACGUGUGGUUAUGCCAUUCAUUUGGAGGACAAUGUCAUGAUUAUACAGCUUUUGAACCUGCUCUAGAUACCCUUAAAGAGAUCGAGGCGUUUCUAUCAGCAAAUCCAUCGGAGAUUGUGACUCUGAUCUUGGAAGAUUAUGUUCAAGCUCCUAAAGGCUUAACUAAGGUCUUCACUGAUGCUGGUCUCAUGAAGUACUGGUUUCCUCUCUCAAGCAUGCCCAAGAAUGGUCAAGACUGGCCCCUUGUCAGUGAUAUGGUUUCCAAAAACCAGAGAUUGCUUGUCUUCACUUCUAUCAGAUCUAAGGAACAAAGUGAAGGCCUUGCUUACCAAUGGAACUACAUGGUGGAAAACCAGUAUGGUGAUGGUGGAAUGAAAGCAGGAAGUUGUCCAAACAGGGCAGAGUCAUCUGCUCUUGAUGACAAAAGCAAAUCUUUAGUGUUGGUGAACUAUUUUCGAUCUACACCAGUUAAGCCCAUCACGUGCAAAGAUAAUUCUGGAGAUCUCGUUAACAUGUUAAGCACUUGUUAUGGUGCUGCUGGCAGCAGGUGGGCUAACUUUGUUGCUGUUGACUACUACAAGAGGAGUGAAGGAGGAGGAUCGUUUCAAGCUGUGGACACUCUUAAUGGGAAGCUUUUGUGUGGGUGCGACGAUGUCCAUGCAUGUCUGCCUGGGUCAACUUCACAAGCUUGCUCAUCAGCACCACAGUAAGUAGGGCGACAGGUGCAACAAGGUUUCGAAGAUGUUGAUCUUCAUUUGUUUAGAGCCACUGUUGCUCGCGUAGUUGGGGAUUGGCAUGCAAUUAUGCAACACUGUUAUUACUUAUUAGACAGCAACAAUAUCUAUACAUUUAACAAAGGAAAAGAGAAAGAAUGAAAAUGAAAGAGCGUGUUGUUUUCUUGGGUUAA